AUGGCUUCCGACGGUCGCAAACAGCCGCCAUGGACUCCCCCCCAAGCCCAACCUAAUGCCCAGCUACCCCAACUGAGAAUCUACAAUAGCCUAACGAGGAACAAGGAUGCCUUUGUCCCAGUCGAUCCGAUGGGAGAGGUGGUGACGUGGUACGCGUGUGGCCCGACAGUUUACGAAGAUGCCCGUCUAGGCCAUGCUAAGAAUUACAUCUCAACCGACAUCAUCCGCCGAAUCAUGAAGGAUUACUUCGGCUUCCGUGUGAAGUUCGUUAUGAAUACAACCGAUAUCGACGACAAAAUCAUUCUCCAGGGCCGCCAACAGUACCUGCUCGCGCGCUUCAAGCAGGAGCAUGCCUCCGAGGACGACUCGGUGAGCGAUUCGGUUUUGGCAGAGGCCAAAGCCGCAUUCCGCCACUACAUCGGCAAAAACCUUCCGACUCUACCCUCAAGUACGAGCCCUGAGACUUAUUCCGAGGCAGUAGAGAAGGCAUAUAAGGAGAAGGUCAAGCCUCCAUCUCUGGCCGACCCCGCGGCAGCAAAAGAAGGCGAAGCCGUUACUAUCGCCGAUUUACUGCUACGUGCCCACAUUAGAACGGCACGGUCGGCUGCCGAGGCCCUGCAAGCCCCAGGAAAGCUGCCUCGUUUUUUUGCCAAAACGAACGAUAUCUUGCUCCCAUAUCUUGAUGCUCUGCAUGGUGCAGAGAUGGAUUCCAAUAACCACGAAGUCUACCUAGAGCUGUCCCAGAAAUUCGAACGCCGCUUCUUUAAGGUUAUGGAAGCACUUAACGUCUUGGCCCCCGAUCAACUAACUCGUGUGACUAAAUAUGUCCCACCCAUUGUCCGCUUCAUCGAGCAGAUCGUGGCAAACGGCUUUGGAUACGCUACCGCUGACGGCUCCGUAUAUUUUGACAUUGACUCAUUUGAGGCGGCUGGGCACAGUUAUUCCCGGCUGCAACCGAUCCGAGGCUUGAAGAUGAGCAAGAGCCUCAAGAACUACACGACCAUAAGGACAGUUCUCUCUGAAGAAGAUUGGAGUGCACGUUCUCUCCGAAUUUGCUUUCUCCUUAUGCCUUGGCAAGAUGGCAUCGAGGUAACAGACGAGCUUAUGAAGGCCGUAGUCGGCUGGGAAGGCAAGCUCAACAACUUCUUCUUAAAGAGCUUGGACCUUUGGCAACGUUCACGUUCUAGUCCCAACACUACGUCAAUACAAGAGCCUGGCAUCGCAGAUCAGCAACUUUUAAGUGCCCUGGAUAAGGCGAAAACCCAAGUCGAUGCAGCUCUUUGCGAUUCCUUCAACACCUCGUCUGUCAUGAGAAUUCUCUCCGAUCUUGUUACGGAGUCUAACUCGGUAGAUACACUUUCAGAUCAGACUGUCUUCUUACUCGCUCGAUGGGUAACGCGGAUUGUCACCAUAGUCGGCCUGGAUCCUGAGGGAGAUCUCAACGACCUUGAUCGCAUAGGCUUAGUUGAUUAUACAGCUAUAGUAAAGCUCACCAACGAUAUUACAAUCGCGGCGUCAACGCCGGUAAUUAAGUCUUCUAAACCAUACGAUCAGGUGCUACAGCAGUUCCGCAUCAACGUCAAGGCUCUUGCGGCCCAGCAAGCGCCUCCUAAAGACCUGCUCGCAUUAUGCGACCAGCUCCGCGACGUACACCUCUGGAACCUAGGCAUCUAUCUUGAGGACCGUAACAGCCCCCAGCCUGCUUUGGUCCGACCCCUCGAUAAGUCGCUCGUAGAGGCGCGCGCGGAGCGGGAGUCAGCUAGCGCUGCAAAAGCGAAGGCUAAGUUAGAACGAGAGGCCAGAGAGGCUAAGAGGGAGAAGGAAUUACGCGAGCGAGCCAAGAUCGACCCCCUGCUAAUGUUCAGGACUUUAGACGAGUACUCGGAAUGGGACGAAAGUGGCAUCCCAACCGUGGAUGCCGCAGGGAGUGCGGUGACUAAGAGCAAGCGCAAGAAGCUGGUCAAAGAGUGGGAGAAACAGAAAAAGAUGCACGAGGAAUGGAACCUGUAA